GGAUCUUUGCCUUCAGAGAUUGGACGUCUUACUAAACUCGAAAACUUUAUCAUAAAAAACGAGCGUGGCUUAUCAGGAACCUUACCGUCCACGAUUGGUAACAUUAUUUCUUUAAAGCAGCUGGGCCUUUACUAUAACGCCCUUACAGGAACAAUUCCGGUGGAUCUAUUCCGGGCAACAAAUCUCCGAUACGUUAAUCUCGAACAUAACAAGCUGAAGGGUACACUCCCAAGACAAGUUGAACUCCUAAAGCGUCUGGAAACAUUGGUCAUCUCCAAUAACAACUUUGAAGGAGAGCUUCCUUGGGAAGGUCUGGUAACCAAUCCGAUCAAAUACGUGAGUUUCAGCGAAAACGAAUUUUCUGGAUCUUUGCCUAAGCUUAGUGGUUUCCCCGACUUGCGCUUUCUCUAUAUGGAAGGAAAUCGCUUCACAGGGACUGUUCCAGCAGCGAUCGCAGAUUCUACCAAUCUCAAAUCAGUCAAUUUGGACCGAAACAGUUUCUCCGGUACUGUGCCGUCUUGGAUUGGACAUUUGAGCCAUCUUGAGUACAUUUCCAUGCAGUCGAAUCUUCUAAGUGGGCCGCUCCCUCAUGAGAUAUUUGAUAUGACUUCUUUGAUCACAUUAAGUCUGUCCUCAAACAAGAUCUCUGGAACACUUCCUGAUUUGGAAAGACUGAAUUCGCUCAGAUUUCUCUACCUUCACCAGAAUGCUCUGACUGGAUCGCUCGUGGGUCCUUUGCCGAGCACCCUUUGUGAGAUGAAGAAGCUUGAAGCAUUAUUUCUGGAUGAUAACGAAUUUUCUGGAGAGAUUCCUGCGUGCAUUGGUGGUCUGAGCAGCCUUCAGCAGUUGUUUCUCUUCAAAAACAAAAUAGUAGGUCAAAUUCCGCCUGAACUCAGCUUGCUCAGACUUUUG